AUGGCUCAGUACGUAUUCCCGCCGUUCCACUCCUUCCCGCCUUCGUACACCCGCCAACCCGUGGAGGCGACGCGCGCGAAGCAGACGCAGCUGUGGUGCGACCUGAUCCGCGACUACUGCCGCGUGCACCACAUCUUCUGGUUGGACGUGAGCGUCGCCCGCGAGUCUAAUUUGUUUUCCAAUCCAGCUAUUGAUCGUCGUCUUUCAGAUGACGACGUGCGCUACUUCUUGGGGCAGCUCGUCGCUAGGGGGGACGCAGAAUGGGACCCCGAUCGCAAACGUUGUCUUGUGUUUUGGAGACAGCCCAGCGAUUGGGGGCAGCUUAUUUAUCAGUGGGUUGACGCAACCGGGAAGAAUGGAGAGCUACUUACAGUUCACGAGAUUCGGAAGGGAAGCGCUACUGUUGGGAGAGAGUUUCAUGGUCUAGAACUUGAUACAACGAUUCGCGCGUUGCAAGCUCUUGAGGCCCUCGGGAAGUGUGCCAUUGUCCAGGGUGAUUCGGCCGACUCUUUGGGAGUUAAAUUCGCAAUGUAAGUACAUUGCCACACAGAAAUUCAUUUCAGUUAUUUCCUGCUGGCGUUUUCUUUGUCGACUUGCUCGGUUUCCUCCAAUUCGUAAUCAUUAUCAGAGUAGUCCAUGACUUCUCUUGGAACGUCUGCCAUGGGAUGUUUCGGUGCAUCCGUGAUCCUGAUGGGGGUGUUUUCCCUCAACUCCUCUUCCUCUUCAAAAGCCUUUGCUUCCCCUUCAUCAGCCAUUUUGUAGAAAUGGGCUGCAACCUUUUUGUUGGUGGGCACGCCUUGCCCAUGAUAAUACAUCGAUCCAAUGUUUCUUAGCGCAGGAAUGCUCCCGGCUACUACGGCCUCUUGAUACAUCAGGAAUGCUUUGUGAUAAUCUUGACGAGUUCCCAGCCCAUGGAAGUGCAUGACGGCUGCAGAACACAAUGCUUCCUUCUCUCCAAGUUUGCCCGCUGUUGUGAAGUGAUUCAAGGCCUUUUGAUAGUCGGAGCCGACGCCGUCUGUGCCCUUAUAGUACAUAUCACCCAAGCACGCAUGCGCAGGUCCGUGUCCCAAGCUAGCGGCUUCAGAAACAUAUCUUCUGAAAGCACCCUCGCUGGGUUCGAGCCCACCCUCGCCGUUGCGGUGCAUCAACGCGAGGUAGUAGACAGCGCCCGGAUGCUUCUUCUCUGCGGCUAGCUCUAUAUACUGCCGAGAACUGGCGGCGUCACUUUUGCCGUGCGCACUGCCGACGC